AUGUCUACCGGAGAUCAGUUAAUAACCGAUUCUCCACAUCCGCGUCACACAUCACCGAUAUUAGCUUCAACAAUCGUAUUUGAAGAAAAUCGCUCGUCUCGUUCACCAUCAAGAGUGCGUGAAUCUUCUUCGUGUGAACCAUCGUUUCAAGAUCCAAACCGUUAUUUGUCUACCUGUGAGCCACCUUCACCUUGUUUAUCAACACAACGCUCGUCCCAACAAUACUCUCUUCAUCAAUAUCCAAGAAAUCGUUCAGUACAACGUUCUCAAUUGACACGGCGUCACGAAGUUUCAAGACAACAAUCACCAAGUCCCUCUCCAGCACAAGUCAAUUCGCGACUACAAUUAAUACGACGUUCACAUGAUUCAUCAAGAGAAGAUUCAUUAAAUCGUUCAAUUCCACCUACGCUUCACAAUCGUAUAUCUUCUCCACGUUCGUCAUUAAGAUCUCAACGUGCAGUUAGUAAUAGAAGAGACCCAUCUUUAUCAUCUGGUAAGAUCUGCGGAGAGGAGAUACGUUGUUUUCACUCCAAUUUACUUGCAGAUCGUUCGCCGCAUAAUCACCAACCAAGAAAAAAACGUCAUCGUCACCAUAGGUUCAAACGACAUCGUCAUCAUCGUCGUUCGAGAUCAAAUGAAGAAGUUAGUUUACUUCAAAAACGACCCCAAACAGAUUUGCACCGCGAUAUCACUCAACUACGAAAAACACUAAUGAUAUUUGCGUCACGAUCAAACAACAAUGAUAUGGAAGAAGAACCAGUGAUGUAUGAUAACAAAAAUCUGUUGGAAGUGCCUGGCUUAUCAUCAAUAUCAUUCGCAAGAAAUUUACUGGAUAAUUUAUUUACUGUCGAGGAGAAAGCAAUUUGUGUAAUGCCUCAAAGUCGUAUUGCUAGGCGAAGAGGUGCUGUGAAAGCCAAAUUUCCAAUGAAAUCGUCGACAUUCGCCGAUACUUGGAAUCAAAAAAUUUAUCCAUCUUUGCGACAGAAAUUGUUGGACGCGAAAAGAAAAACAAAAAAUAAUGGCAUAACAACGUGA